CGCACCCAAAAAGCCGGCGUGGCCGCUCUCACGCUUCUCUCUGGCCGCGUCCUCAAUCUGGCAAUUCUGGCAUCUAUAUUUCGCAUUGGAAACUACUAACUAGUAUGGCGUUUAUUGUGAGAGCAGCUGCUUGGGUUAUUUGAAAGUACGACUCUUUGAUCGUUGAGCAGCCGGUGGAGGAAAGAUCGAGAAAAUAUCACGCUAACGCUAAGCUCGUAAUUGUCGAACCUUACGUGUCGCUAUUUCUAUCAUCAUUGUUAUCAUCAUCAUAAUCAUCAUCAUCGCCACUACCACCACCACUACCAGCAUUGAAAUCAUGACGGAUCGAACCGAGCUGAGAAUGAAUGUGGCCGCUUUGAAACGAGUUGAUCCCUAUGUAAAGGAUAUUUUGGAAACUGCGACUCACGUCGCUUUGUAUACGUUUAACGCGGAUGAAAAUGAAUGGGAAAAGACCGACAUCGAGGGCGCUCUAUUUUUGUACUCGAGGAAUGGCGAGCCAUACAACAGUAUUCUCAUAAUGAACAGAUUGAAUACAAACAAUCUAGUAGAACCGGUUGCCCCAGGUUUAGAUUUGCAACUGCAGGAACCAUUUCUGCUAUAUAGAAAUUCUAGAUGCAACAUCUAUGGCAUUUGGUUUUAUGAAAAAGAAGAAUGUGUACGCAUCGCAAACAUGUUGAAUAAACUUCUCAAAGAAUGUGAAGAAAAUCGCAAUAUCAGUAACAAACCGCUACUCAAGGCUAAAAAGACCUCGGGUUCUAACGUAAACAACAUAGACAUAUUCAGUAUGCUUAGCAAGGCGCAAGAGGACUUUAACACGAGCAGAGGUAGCCUCGGAGAAAGCGAUAGCGGUAAUACGAUAACAGGAUCAAAGUCUCCAUUGGUUAUGCCCGACCAUAUUUCUGGGCCUCUAACUGCUCCCUUAGGACCUGACGUCACUUCGCAAAGUGUAAUGGACUUCUUCGCUAAAGCUAAGGUGAAUACUGGACAUUUCAAAGCAGGCGACCAACCAACCCCAGGAAAUACGGUUGUGGUCGAGAGUAAACCUUUACUGGCACGUUUAAUGUCUCACCCGGCGGCGCAUACUUUAGAACAUAUUGAGAAACAGCAGAGAUCAGUUACGCCGCAACCAUCUCAUCAGUCGCAACCGACAACAAUUCCAUCGACAAACAAGUCUAAAAGACGAAAUAAAGCGACUCCGCAACAGGAAUCGAUAAUAUCGACAUCAGCACCGAUUUCUCAAGAUUUGCCGAUACCUGUCGCUCAGAACGUCAACGAUUCAAACGGGUCGAUUGGAUUCCUCAGGAUACAGUCGCCGACUAACGUAACGUCUUCUACUUUAAGAAAUCAUCAAGCUUCAAACAUUACCAAUGCCAACCCACUUGCGUCAUUAUUCGCUCAUGCCUCUGGAAGCACAUCGUCGGACGAUAUUAUUCCGGCGGCUGCGGCGGCGCCCACGUUGUCAGGAAGAGGUUCGGCACCAGCGUUAAUACCACCUGUGAUGUUUGCCGCUCCUAGCCCACCUGAAUCCUUAAACAGACCGUUAGAACCAUUAACGAAGAAUCAGCUUUUACAAGCGUUCAAUUAUUUGUUGAAGAACGAUCCGGAUUUCAUCAGCAAACUUCACGAGGCCUACGUCAAAUCGUUUGGAGAAAAACUACUUUCUUAAACUUACAAUAUUAUUGUAUUAAUUACAAAAAAAACCCAUCGUAUAUGGGUUGUGACUGAACAAAAGGGACAUGACUAAAAGAAUUAAGCUAAAUCUCAAUAUUCCUACAUUAUGUGUGCAUGUACAUACAUUGACGAGAUGUAAUACUUGAUAUUCAAUGAGGAGAGAUAAGAACCGUUUCUUUUAAAGAAAAGGAAAAUUUUUUUUUGGCCGAAGAUUAGAAAGCAGAUAUGGAAUAGAAAGCGAUACAAUAUACCUUAAACAGUAUUUUUAUAAAGCAAUGUGCACUUUCUUUCGGGACAAAGUAAAGAGGACAAACGAGCAGGAACUCAUAACGAAGUUAUGGUAGGAAUGAGAAAUUGGACUUAUUAAAGAAGUGGACUUAUUGAAUGAGUAAUGACGUAUCCUUCCUAUACCGGAUACCAAUAUGGUAUGUGUAUGUUAUCGAGAUGAAAAGCAACAAAUAAAUACAGACAAGAUGCAAUGAAAAAAU